AUGGAUCCCUCCAAAAUUACCAUCCCACCAAUGAUGGACUUGACAGACUCCAAUAUAACAUCCAAUGUCAACAUCAUAAAUUCUCAAUCUCCCAAUAAACGCCUACAAUACCUCAUAACCACCCUCGUCACCCAUCUUCAUGAUUUUGCUCGUGAAACCCGUCUCACAUCUGAAGAAUGGAUGGCUGCAAUCCAGUUUUUGACGGCUGUGGGCCAGAAAUGUGAUGAUAUUAGACAAGAAUUUAUUUUACUAUCGGACACACUUGGAUUGUCGGUCCUUGUGGAUGGGAUGAACCACCCUAAACCGCCCGGUGCAACCGAAGGAACAGUUUUGGGGCCCUUCCAUACACAUGAUGCACAACAUUUCGAAAUCGGGGAGGAUAUCUGCAGUCCGGGAAAGGGGGAGCCAAUGCUAGUGCUGUGUACUGUGAAGGAUACCGCUGGGAAGCCAUUGGAAGGCGUGACAGUAGAUGUAUGGGAAACUGAUGAUACAGGACACUAUGACACUCAAUAUCCUGGGCGGACGACACCUGAUUGCAGAGGCGUCCUAGAAAGCAACGAUGAGGGUUUUUGGUUCAAAUGUGUGAAGCCAGUGCCAUACCCAAUCCCAAGCGACGGUCCCGUGGGUAAAAUGCUAUCCGCACUCCAUAGACAUUGCUACCGCCCUGCGCAUUUACAUUUCAAGUUCAAGAAGGCCGGAUAUGACGAACUAGUAACGGCGCUAUAUCCUCGGGGAGACCCAUAUGAGACUUCCGACGCAGUAUUUGGUGUCAAAUCCAGCCUAAUCGUUGACAUUGAAACAUUAUCGGACUCUACAAUGGCAGAAAAAUAUAGCAUGAAAGUCGGAGACCAUCUGCUAAAGUGGGACUUCGUACUUACAACAGAUAUGGAGAGCGAGGAAUUGAAGAACAGACUUGCCAAACAGGCGUUGGAAACAUUGGGAAGCACCGCCAAAUUGGAGAACGGCGUUCCAGUAGCAAGCGAAUAA